AUGCCGCCGCCGAACGCCCAAGCUCCCACCAACGCGCCCAAAGCAAGCUCAACCGCACCGGAGAUAGGACCUCCACCCAGCGGGCAGUCGCCCUCUCAGGAGGCGAAGCGACGACGCACCGUCGGCUCCGAAUCUCGACAACCUUCCUCUGCGCCAGCGACGAAACGAGCCAAAAUGUCCGAUUCCUCGACUCAACUUCAACGCCCUAUUCCCAUAGGAACGGGGAAGGAACCUUUAGGCGCCUUCGGCCCCAAGAGCAUGAGAACAGUUGUCAAAAAGAUCGUGAUUAAAAACCGGCGCCUCGAUGGUUCCGGCCAGCAGGCCGAUGCCGAUACCUACUUCAAUUCGUCGUGGGAGGAGAUUUCGUCUGCGCUCAAAGCCGUUCUGCAGGGUGAAAGGCCGAGGAUUCCGUUUGAUCGGGUCUUUCGCAACGUCGAGGAUCUUUGCAGACACAAGCGGGAGCAGGACGUUUACCGGAAGUUGAUGGAUCUCUGCGAGAAGUACCUCACAGAAGAGGUCUUGCCCUCCAUCAAGGCCUCCGGCAAGGGGAGUGAUGUGGAGAUGCUCGAGGCUGUCCUUUCAGAGUGGGAAGUCUGGAGUGCGAAAUCUAAGAUAAUCCGUUCUAGCUUUUCCUACCUCGAUGCCAGUUACCUCGCGAGGAAGAAGGAGCUGCAGCAGAUUAACGACGCGUUAAUCUCGAGGUUCAAGAAAAUGCUCUCGAGCGGUCCCGGCGCUAAGCUUGCCGAUCGUCGGACCAUUGCUCUAGUCGUAGCUGACGGCAUGUGUCAGCUCAUCCACUUCGAUCGCACCGGUGACGAUCGCUUCCAGCCACUGCUGCUGAGAGAUGCAGUGUCAAUGCUUCACAUCUUUGGCGUGUACACGAGGUGGUUCGAACCGAGGCUGCUCGAGUCCUCCGCCGAGUAUUUCAAGGAGUUCGCCAGUGAGCGCAGCAUUGGUAGCCUCAAGGACUAUAUUAAGCAGUGUAGAAUUCUGCUGGAGAACGAGACCCAUCGCUGCGAUGCCUACAACCUCGACAGCUCAUCAAAACAGCAGCUGCUAGGCCUCGCACACAAGCAUUUGAUUCACGAUCACCUCCAGAAACUGCUUGACCUCACCGGUAUCUCGAGGCUCAUCGAGGGCGGCGAGAUCGAUUCGAUGGCAGCGUUGUAUCAGCUUCUCAAGCUCUCCGGAGUCCAUGAUAAACUUAAGGAGCCGUGGGCCGGUUAUAUUAAGGAUACUGGAUCAGGCAUUGUUCGAGACACAGACCGAGGCGACGAGAUGGUGACAAGGCUCCUAAGUCUGCGCAGGUCCCUCGACCUGAUUCUACGAGAGGCUUUCGAUAAAGACGAGGACUUCCAGUGGACGUUGAGAGAGGCGUUCCGCUAUUUCAUGAAUGAGAAGAAGAACACAGCAGUAUGGGAGUCCGGUCAAGAUAAGAUUGGCGAAAUGAUCGCGAAGCACUUCGACCUGCUCCUCCGUGGAGGCCUCAAGGCUCUGCCAAGAGCCCUCUAUGCGAACAGCACUGAUCGUUUGGAAGCCGAAUCCAAAGGCAAAUCGACCGCUGCCGACGAGGAUGGAGAGUUGGAGCACCAAAUCGACCAAGCCAUUGCUCUUUUCCGAUUUGUCGAAGGAAAGGCUGCAUUCGAAACCUUUUAUAAGCGCGAUCUAGCUCGCCGACUUCUCAUGGACAGGAGCGCUAGCCAAGAUGCCGAGAGGAUGACGCUAAGCAAGCUUCGCGGUGAAUGUGGGGCCAACUUUACGCACAACCUCGAGCAGAUGUUCAAGGACAAGGCUCUGGCUAAGGACGAGAUGGAAUCGUACAAGCAGUCGUGCGAUGCCGGCCAGUAUAGAGUACCCUUCGAUCUUCAGGUCAUGAUCCUUUCCGCGGCGGCAUGGCCGUCUUAUGAUGAUCUCAAGGUCAACAUGCCGCCGGACGUCGCCAACCAGAUUCUGCGGUUCGAGGACUACUACAAGCGCAAGCACAACGGACGCGUCCUCACCUGGAAGCACAGCCUCGGCCACUGCGCCAUCACGGCGCGGUUUAAGCGAGGCGAGAAGGAACUCAACGUGUCGUUCCUCCAGGCCGUCGUGCUCCUGGCCUUUAACACAGUCGACGACGCCGAGGCCCUCACGUACCAGCAGAUUUCCCAAAUGACGAGCCUCUCGGGCGACGAGCUAGCCCGCACGCUCCAAUCGCUGGCCUGCGGCAAGACCCGGGUACUGACGAAGCACCCUAAGGGCCGCGACGUCAACGAGACCGACACGUUCACGUUCAAUCGGCUGUUCUGGGACGACCGGUACAAGAUCAAGAUCAACCAGAUCCAGAUGAAGGAGACCAAGGCGGAGAACAAGGCGACGCACGAGCGCAUCGUCCAGGAUCGACGACUGGAGACGCAGGCUGCCAUUGUUCGCAUCAUGAAGUCGAGGAAAACUAUGUCUCAUGCGCUGUUGGUGGCUGAAGUUAUUGAUAUGACUAAGAGCCGCGGACACGUCGAUGCCGCGCAGAUUAAGCAGGCGAUCGAAAACUUAAUCGACAAGGACUACAUGGAAAGAGAAGGCAAUUCAUACAGCUAUCUCGCCUAA